AUGCCAGAAGCAGAAGAGUCCUUCCGCCAACUUAAAGAGCACCUGUCCACCUUGCCAAAACUAGUUUCGCCCAUCAAAGGGGAGAAGCUAGUCCUAUAUGUUUCUGUCUCCGAAUAUUCGUUAUCCGGAGUACUGGUUGCGGAAAGGGAAAAGAAACAGCUUCCUAUAUACUAUGUGAAUCAUGCAUUCCGUGCCUCAGAGGGGAACUACGGUGAAGUCGAGAAAGUCAUAUUUGCAAUCGUCAUGGCAAAUUGGGCAAACCAGCUAGCGGAUUUCGGUAUCGAAUAUGAGCCUCGAAUAGCAAUCAAAGCCCAAGCUCUGGCUGACUUCAUUGCUGAAAACACUCUCCCCUAUCAAUUUGAACCCAAUCAGGAAUGGAAGUUGUAUGUAGAUGGGUCCUCAACACAAUCAGCAAGUGGGGCUGGACUCCUCAUUGUGUCUUCCGCCGGGGUCCGUAUGGAAAGGGCGGUCAGGUUCGAGUUCGCAGCGUCCAACAACGAGGCCGAAUAUGAAGCAUUACUGAUGGGACUGAGAAUUUGCUACGAAGCAGGAGCCAAAAAGUUGUCCGCCUUCUCUGACUCCCAAUUGAUUGUUGGACAAGUAAACGGGGAAUUCGAAGCUAAAGAUGAUAGCAUGAAAAUGUACCUGCAGCAAGUAAAGGGAUUUGUUCAAAAAUUCGACAAGUUCACAUUGGAGCACAUUCCAAGAUCCCAGAAUGCCCAAGCCGAUUCCCUAGCGAAACUUGCCAGCUCAGUAGAAACAUCCGCGGCUCGAGACAUAAUCUGGGAAGUGCUUCCUAACCCCAGCAUCAACUUCAUGGUCGAUACAAUCGACAGAUCAGAAACAUGGAUGGGACCAUACGUCGAAUACUUGCGGAAUCAGACGCUUCCCCAAGAUGAAAAAGGAAACUAUAUCCUCCGCAAAAUACACGAAGGAGGAUGCGGCAUACACCAAGGAGUACGAACUGUCAUCGGCAAAGUCCUUAGAAGUGGAUAUUAUUUGCCCUCACUCCGAGAAGACGCGGAGCAUUUGAUCAAAAGAUGUCCUGAAUGUCAUUAA